AUGAAAUCGAAGCUCAAAGACAAGCUCCCAGCUUCCUCCAGCUUCGAGUUCCUAACCUACGACCCCUCAGCGCCGCUGCAACCGCCGCCAGACCUAUCCGUCAAAAAAGACGCCUUCUGGAGCUACUGCGGGCCUCUCCUAACCUCGGAAGGCGAUCUCCCGCCCAGCCUGCACGACUGGGCCGAAGCCGUGCUCCGCGGCUCCCUACUCCCGCUGCUCCUCCCGUUCCUCGCCUUCGUCAACGAGUUCCUCGCGGCGGAGGGCCUGGACCACUACUGGCUGACGAUCCGGGCGACGAAGGCGACGUCCGAGUUCGACCAGCCGCGCUGGCACACCGACGACCUGUUCUUCAGCCGCGGCGGCAGCGGGCUCAGGGAACCGCCAUCAUCAUCACCAUCAUCAACAACAACAGUAUCCUCAACCCCAUCACAGUCCGCGCUCAGCAAAAAAAUCAAAACCAAGACGAAAAAGCCCCAAGCCUCAACUCUAGAACCGUCACCACAGCUAGACCUCCAAACAACCUACAAACUCUGCACCACCCUCCUCGGCCCCUCAACCCUCUUCAUCCCCUCCCCCUCUCAAGCCCUCGCGCGCCGUACCUCGCACACCACAAAACGCACCCUCACCACCCCACACCCCUGCACAUCCCUGCGCUGCUUAGCCUGCGCCUCGACAUCCGAAUCCGUGCGCGCCUCGCUCGCGCGCUCUCUAGCAAAGCUAGGCCAGGCGCAGGCUCGCGCGGGCCAAGCGGCGCUGUUCCGGAUCGGAAGCGAGGAGGGCGCGGUGCACUCGGAGCCCGCGCUCGGAGGGGGCGAUCGGGUUUUCGUGAAUGUGGUUCCCGGGAAAAGGGCCGAGCUCGCGGGGCUGGUGAGGAGGUGGGGGAUGAGUUUUCCGCGGUCUUGGUGGAUUGCGCCGGGGGUGGGGAGGGAGGGGCGGUGA